GGAUGGGGACUGAAGCAGCCUCCUCUUCUCACUUAUUUUUAACUUCAUUUGCUUGUUAGUGCAUUUCAAGCAGCUCAGUGGAGGUUUGGCGCACUUUUAGUGUGUUUUUUAAGCACAGUCAAAUGUGUGUAGAUCAGUAACUCGAGGGAAAUUCCAACAUGAAGCUUUAUCUUGAUUUUUGAAAAGGAGAAUCAAACUUGUCUGGGGCGUUGCCUGCAUGUCUGUCCUGAUGUGUGUGUGUGUGUGUGAGUGAGGUAUAGUCUCGGACCAGAGGAAGCCUGCAGAAAUCUGUUUCCAGUUAGGAAGUCUCGAUGAUGGAACCACUGAGGCUCAAAAAUGCAUCGCAGAGGUCCAUUUAAAUUCCUUUACAGCUAUUGUGUGUGUGUGUAAGAAGUGCAGUCGGUAAUCUGGAACAAGUCAGAGAGUGAAUGAGAAGCCAACUGUUGCAGUGACGUAACCCAGCAGAGCACAUCUGCAUCUGCUUGUUUCUCUUCACGUUAGCAUGUGCUACGGUAUGAUCCAUGACUGCACACUCAAAACAUCACUGGGGUCAAACGUGACACGCGCUUCCAUAAAACCAUCUCUGCAGCAGUCCACGGGGAAACUCCCUGACUCCAAUACAAACGGAACACAAAUGUUGGCUCUCUUUUUCAAAUGUAUAAAAAAAGCAGAUAAAAACAGAUCAGAUUUGAAGUGCCAUUAUAAAACAGAGGGUCACUUUUUACACGUAAAUACUUGUCUCAAGUUUGAGUCGUUUUUUUCCCCCCCCUUAAUUUUAAUUUUUAAGUCUAAAAUUUAUUACCGCUUUUAAAAAAUAUUUGGAUUAAAAAAAGAAAAGAUUGAUGCUUUAAAAUAUAUUUUAUUCAUUAUAAUAAUAUUUGAUAAUAAUAUUUAAUAUAAUAAAAAUGUCUUAGCCAUAAUAAAAAAAUAUGUAAUUCAAAAUGCAAUUAUACAUACAUACAUACAUAUAUUUUUAUUCACACAUAUAUUUUAGUUUUAUUUUAUGAAGCCGAUCAAUUUGAUUUUUUUUUUCAUAAAAAAAAACCCAAAACAUUAUUUCGUCAUUUAUUGGGACAGAUUUUCUUGGUUCUAUGAAACGUUUUUUUUUUAUUUCUUUAGUUUAAUUUUGACAAGGCAAUUCAACCGACCCAUAAAAACAGACCCUGUAUUUUCCUCUGUAACUGUAAUUAAAGAAGCGACGUCAUCCUAGACGAAGGAAGCACUUAUCGUGAGGUCUCUGGAGACAGAGAUGUAAUAAAUCAGAGAACGGCAGCCCGACGUAACCUGCUUUGCCACAAGAGUUCUACUUUCCGAGUCUCAACACGAUUUUCAUCCAGCCGCUAAGAAACUGUCAUUUUGGUUUCUUGGAAUCCCACUGAACUCUGAAAGACUCGCCCGGCAAACACGACACGCCUGAAAAAGCUCUGUGUCUGUGGCGGAAGUUUCUGGUUUGUUCAGCUGCUCCGAUCCAAAAGCACUUUCUGCUAAACCCAUCACGUUUGUGCUCGUAGCUGCUGCAGCGCCAGAUCCAAUAAGCAACACACGUCCGCAGCGGGAGAAUUAAUGUUCCACAUCUCUUGCCUCUUUACGUCUUUACAUUUGUCCGAGGCGCGGGAUCGAGCCGGGUCAGCUGUUGGGAAGGUUUCUCGGCUCAGUGGCUGUUAAUGUGUGGACACUUGCGACUCACAUCUUCUCAGUAAAUUCACGGUUGUUUUGUUCAUUCGUUUAUUUCAGAUUACAUUUCAUUAUUAAUUCAAACUGAGUUAUUUAUUCAUUUUUUGAGUUUAUUUAUUUGCUUGUAAAAAGCAAUUUAAGAUAACUGCUUUUAAUAAUGAAAUGAAAAAAAAAGCAAUAUUUCAUAAAUGAUAAUUAUUGUUAUAUUAGAAUAAUAGUUAUUAAUAUUAUUUUUAUUUUUGGACCAGUGGAUUUUAUAUCUAUUUAUUUAUUUUACAUAAAAAAAUUCUGACUUGCUUUUUAUUUUUUUUUAAAUGUCGGCGGGUGAUCCUCGCUCCCCCAAGGUUCGACUGCCAGUGCACUGAUGCACUCCAUGGCCGUGUGUUUGAUUGACGAAAGAAAGGUUCCGAGCAUGUUUGCCAAGGGAAAGUCUUUCACUAGGAUUUGCCAAUAAAGCUACCAGCAGAACACUUGUCUGGACCGACUGUCCUGGCCAAUAUCUCCAACGUUGCGUCACCAACACUCAUACGGCCAGCGCUUCAUCAGAAACUACAUUUUCAAGCCUCUAAAAAAGAAGUCCAAACUGCAUGUUGUUCUUACUGACUCCUUCAUUUAAGCCGCUCUACCGUCAGGACACAAGAGGCCCCAAAAUACCUCCCGCUUCCACACACAACGUUGAGGAAGGUGAGCUGAGGGAGAAAGUUACUUUGUCUGUUGCUUCUAAAUUUAGCCAACAGGAAGUCUGGUGAGGCCACGCAGAGCCAGCUAAUGAUCCACUACCCCUAACUCGCGUCUGGCGGAGGUCACAUGAUCAGGAGUCUGAUCUCAUCAAUCCUUUAUUUAUUUAUUUUUGUCCGCAUUCUAGAGCGGUGAGCUCAGAACUCCUUCUCUGUCUCACGUCCUUGCUGCUUUUUAAUUUUUCAGUUUUAGAGGCGCCACUAAACUGAGUUUUGGGGAAACUGGUUGUAAAUAAAAGUCGAUAAAGACGCUGCCUGAACAUAACGAAUCAAGAUGAUAGGACCAUUGAAAACAAUCAAGAAUGGAGAAAACUUACUCAUUACUUAGUAGAGUAAGUACAUGUACAAAAAUCCCAUUAUUUUGUUUUAUUAAAUAAAUAAAUAUCAGGGAUUUUCAUAUUGAAAAAUCACAUUUUUUAUGUUUAUAAAAGCCCCAAAAUAAAACUUGAUAACUAUGUGACUAUGUUACCAAUGGAGCAAACAAAUUAGUUCCUGCCUGUGUCCACAGCUUCUCGUCUCCAUGGUGACCAAACAAAGACUUUUAUUUUGCCCGCUCUGUGAAAGAAGUGAUUUGUCAGCAUGUUUUGACACAUGAGGAAUUUUUAUUUCAGGACGUGCAGCAGCACAGAGCGUCUGACGUCAGAGCCGUUUCCUCUCAGCCCAUUGUUGGUCCAACAGAUAAGACUUGGCAGAGCAGCCUGGCAAACUUCGGCUAGACUUCAUUUCUGACCCAGUCGCUGCAAGUUUGAACCAGGAAGUUCAGAAUGGAGUGUUGGCUGAAUGUUCUGGGGUUGUGACCUGCACUGACUGUCAGCUUGUGCGGCGACUGCAUGUUGUUUCUACUAUCCAGUUUUAUCAGCACAUACAACUUAAUUCACUUCUUAAACAUUUAGUCUCAAUUUUUUUCCUGGCAAUUCAGAGGUGGUAGAUUUUCUUUCACCAUAAUUACAUUAAAUAUGGUUAAAUAAAUAAACUUUAAUAGGAUAUAUAUUUUUUAUUUUUCAUUGUUGAUGGUAAAAAUGAUAACAUUCAUAAUAAUAGCACUAUUCUUUAUAUUUUUUAAAGACCAGACCUGCUCUUUUUUUAAUAAUAUUUGAAAAUAGUAUUUUCUUACAUUAAAUUAUUUCAAGAUAUUUGGGUGUCUUUUGCCUCUUCAGUGACCUCACUCCUGCGCGAACAGCCGCUCCAUUACUGAGUGAAUAAAAGGCGAGUCACACUUGAGUCAUGACAUGAUGUCAUGACUCAAGUGUUUGACCAGCUUCAUUAACGCCCAGCCUCCUGGAUGUUUUCCCUCCCGACACGUUGACUUCCUGCUGAGCUCUCCACAGGGAAGCGACCUCACCUCUGACUUCAUAUGGCAUCGGUCUUUAGCGGGUUAGGUCAAGAUGUUGACCGCAAAUGGUUCAGUGAAAAUGUUUCUCUCAUGAUGUUUGGAGGCAACUUACUUCUAAUAUGGCAAUAUGAACCUAAUUGUACGAGCAAACUGACAAGCAGAACAAUGUCCGUGAAGAUGUUGGAAGCUAGUUAAACCUGGUCGAGACUCAAGUCAUUGACUGGAAUUCCAUAGAUUUGUGUCUCACAUGGUCAAAACUGAAUUUCAUACUCGACUUGUUCCACUUAGGGUCAGCUAUUCUGCUGAAACCACUGUGGAACACAGCCCAUAGCUUCCUUAUGACCUGCAGCUAGUACACUGUUCUGGUUUUAGAGAGCCGCCCAGGAGUGUGUGUGUGUGUGUGUGUGUGUGUGUGUGUGUGUGUGUGUGUGAGAGAGUGUGUGACUAAACACUCUCCUUGUGAGGACUGAAUGACUUCCUGGACCCCACAAAUCCAAGCCUCAAUUUCAGGGUGAAGACUUCAAAACAACUAGGUUAUUGUGAUAGGGUUUCAGUUCGGUUCAGAGACCUGGUUAAGGUUAGGCAAGUGUUUUGGAUGGUUAAGAUAAGGGUGAGAGGCUGGGGAAAGCAUUAAGUCAAUGAGAACCCUCACAAUGUCCCCACAAGGACAGCAAUACAAGUGUACGUGACUGUGUGUGUCUUAAGAUUCUGUCAAAGUCCCGUCAAGAGCUCACCACAUUAUUCAUUCCAGGCAUUCCUUCAUACGUUCACCUCACUGCUGGUGGACGGACACACACACAAACCCACACACACAGAAUUCCUCUGCAGCAGCCAACUUGAAUGUGAUGUGGGAAAGUCAGCGACUCGUCUUGGUGUGCGGUUGUUUGUGUGCGGUCUUUUCCUGUUGUGUUGCUUUCAUGGACCUUUACGUGAUGGUGGAGUCCUGCAUGAGAACUUCAUCUGAGACAAGACUCCUCAUUCUUCCUUUCAGCUGUUAGUGGUUAACUUUAAUAAGCGUUGACGCAGUGCUGAAAACUCUCUGGCAACUUUAGGUUUUAAUCAAGUAAUCUGGUCGUAAAUGCACAUAAUUAACGUUUAUUCUGGUAACCACUUUUUCUUCCCUUUUUUUAACAUUCUUAACAAAUCUUAAUAUUUAAAACUUAAAUACUUGACUGCUGACCACUGCGCACUGCACUCGUCCUUCAUGAGCUGAAGAUCUGGCAGAAGAACAAUAAACUGCAGGUGGUCAUAAUGUUAUGGCUGAUUCCCCAGGCUUGAUACAAAGUAUUUUUUUUUUUUCUUUUAGUACAAACCCUGAAUUAAAGCAGCAGUACGCCUGUUUUUAACAGCGCUAUUUUUGACUGCUUCCUGUGUUUAAGAGACUUUCAGCUUUGGAGUCGUAAAAAAUAAUAACAGCAUGAUGUCACCGAGGUUUUAAGCCAUGUUCCACACGGUCAUUUAUCAGCAGGCAAAUGGAGGCUGGGGACUAAGCGGAGGGAAAGACGAGGUCUGCGAGAAGACGUUUAUCACCGGGCCUGGCUUAUCUGAUCGGCAAACACAGGUCAAGUUUGUGUACCAAGACUCGCUGGAACAAUAGCUGACUCACUUCCUCCAUUUCACAACUAAAAGACCUACUGAAACCGUCUUCUCUUUUCACGAGAAGAACCAGCAGGGUUCACGAACUAACUGGCAGAUGACUAACUUGGCUUGUGUCCUGUCAGCAGCAGUGAGGAGCCAUGGCUGAGAGCACCCGCUGCUUCUACUGUCGGGAAGAUUUGGGGGGUAAGAAGUUCACCCGCAGCGAGGGCCGGCCCGUGUGCGUCCGCUGCCACACCAAGUUCUGCGCCAACAGCUGCCAUGACUGUCACCGACCCAUCUCUGUGGAGUCCAAGGAACUGAGCCAUAAGGGUCGAUACUGGCACGAGGAGUGUUUCCGCUGCGUCAAGUGCUACAAGCCUCUUGCUAAAGAGCCAUUCAGCACCAAAGAUGACCGCAUCAUGUGCGGGAAGUGCUGCUCCAGAGAGGACGCGCCACGCUGUCACGGCUGCUACAAGCCUAUCCUGGCAGGCACCGAGAGCGUGGAGUACAAGGGGAACUCGUGGCACGACGAGUGCUUCACCUGCUACAACUGCAAGCGUCCGAUCGGCUCUCAGAGUUUCCUCUCUAAGGGGAGCGACACCUACUGCAGCCCGUGCUACGACAAGAAGUUUGCCAAGCACUGUGUUGGCUGCAAGAAGCCUAUAACCUCCGGAGGAGUAAACUACCAGGACCAGCCCUGGCACGGGCACUGCUUCGUCUGUGGCACCUGCUCGAAGCCACUCGCCGGUACAAGUUUCACGAAGCACCAGGACCAGGUCUUCUGCGUGGAAUGCUACAAGAACACUGUGGCAAAGAAAUGCAGCGGCUGCCAAAACCCCAUCACAGGUUUCGGCAAAGGUGUGAACGUGGUGAACUACGAGGGCAGCUCCUGGCACGAGUACUGCUUCAACUGCAAGAGAUGCUCCCUCAGUCUGUCCAACAAACGCUUCGUGGCCCAAGGCAGAGACAUCCUGUGCCCCGACUGCGCCAACAAGUAGAAGCGUAAAGCUUCGCAUGGAUGCAGAAAUCAGCCCAAGUCUUGUAUUUCAUCCUGAUUAUUGGCGAUGGUUUAAUGAGGUAUCAUGAAACAGUAUUGCAGGGUUGAUGAAACACUGUCCUCAUUUUCAGGGGCCACCAGAUGUCCAAACAUUUCACAGCAGACAGUGCCAUCUGGUGGCCUCUAAAAGUCAAGACACUGUUAGCAACCCCUCGAUGUCAUGAAACCUCAUCUACCCGUCACUACUGAACAUGUUUGCGACUGAAAAUCAUUUUGGGAACGUUAAAAAAGGGAGCUUGACUGUAACACAACCAUAAACAUUACAUUUUAAGGGACUGCUUCAUGCACUUUUGAUUAUAAUGUUUGAUUUCAUCUCAAGUUUGUUUUACGUUUACUCCUUCCUGCGUUUUCUUUUAUAAUUAUUUCUGAACUGCAUGUUCUAUUCAGCUGCUAAAAUAAACAUAAAAAACCCUGA